CACGUGUUUACUCACACUCCUUUAAACAAGCUCGUAACUGUUUCCUCUUCUUGUCCCCAAAGUCUCUUCUUCCUUAUCUCUCGGAAACCCAAGAAGAAUGGAUCGUGUGGUCUUCUUCUUCCUCAUCGCAGCCACGUUACUAGCAGUUUCUCUCGGAUCCGCCGUCAUCUCCGGCGAGGUAAACGACGGUUUCGUUAACCCGAUCAGGCAAGUCGUCCCGGAGGAGAACGAUGAACAUCUCCUCAACGCGGAACAUCACUUCUCUCUAUUCAAAUCUAAGUACGAGAAGACUUAUGCGACUCAGGAAGAGCACGAUCAUCGGUUCCGUGUCUUCAAAGCUAACUUAAGGCGAGCUAGGCGGAACCAGCUUCUAGAUCCGUCUGCUGUCCACGGCGUCACGCAAUUCUCAGAUCUUACUCCGAAAGAAUUCCGCCGCAAGUUUUUAGGGCUGAAACGCCGAGGGUUUCGUCUUCCUACUGAUACUCAGACGGCGCCGAUUCUUCCGACUAGCGAUCUUCCGACGGAGUUUGAUUGGCGUGAACAAGGAGCCGUCACACCUGUUAAAAACCAGGGUAUGUGUGGUUCAUGCUGGUCUUUUAGUGCGAUAGGAGCUCUUGAAGGAGCACAUUUUCUAGCGACUAAAGAGCUUGUUAGCCUCAGUGAGCAGCAGCUCGUAGAUUGUGACCAUGAGUGUGAUCCAGCACAAGCCAAUUCAUGUGACUCUGGUUGCAGUGGAGGACUAAUGAAUAACGCUUUUGAGUACGCUCUUAAAGCUGGUGGUCUUAUGAAGGAAGAAGACUAUCCUUAUACAGGACGUGACAAUACCGCCUGCAAAUUCGACAAGAGCAAGAUUGCUGCGAGCGUUUCUAAUUUCAGCGUUGUCUCUUCAGAUGAAGACCAAAUCGCUGCUAAUCUAGUCAAGCACGGACCUCUAGCUAUUGCUAUCAAUGCGAUGUGGAUGCAAACAUACAUAGGAGGAGUCUCGUGUCCAUAUGUAUGUUCAAAGAGCCAAGACCAUGGAGUGCUCUUGGUUGGGUUCGGUUCAUCGGGUUAUGCACCAAUCCGUCUUAAGGAGAAGCCUUAUUGGAUUAUCAAGAACUCGUGGGGAGCGAUGUGGGGAGAGCAUGGUUACUACAAAAUCUGCAGAGGACCUCAUAAUAUGUGUGGUAUGGACACAAUGGUAUCUACUGUUGCUGCUGUUCAUACCUCACCCAAGUAGAAUUAUUAGGACACUACCUGUCCUUGUGUAUAUGUAUAUGUAUGUAUGGUUGCAGAAACAUACUAUGAACUGUUAUUGUUAGUACUGUCUCUCUCUGUUUCAGCUUUAAUGUAAAAUAGCUUGGGAUUAUUAUCUUUGUAGCAUCGAAUGCUCAAGAUAAUAUGACUAUCAACUUAUUAUAAGUUGGAAUAAUAGAAUUUCUAUAUG